GUGCCGCUGCGGUUGGACUUUCAGCUGACCGUCCUGCUGAUUUUCAGGAUGGAGGUGCACGUGGUGCAGGUGAUCUUCCUGGCGUUCUUCAUGACGAUGCCGAUUGUUCUGCUGGUCUUUGUGGUGCUGAGUAUCAUCAUCCAGAUGUUCUUCAUGCAGAACUCUACGAUG